UAAGCGAAGACUGAGCCGGGCAAGACUUCUCUACCGUGCGGUCGUCGUCCAGUACGUGUGUGUGUAGCUAGAUAGCUCAAAAUGGCGGACGGAGAUCAGCAAGGAAACUACGGUGAGGGAGAUUUUUCGGCUGAUGGACAGUACGGCGAGUAUAAUGACGGCCAGUUCACAGACGGUCAGUACCAGCAAGAGGGCGAAGCGAAUGCGCAGACAAACGAAGCCGCCCAAAAUGGCUCCGACGCGAAGACUAACGAGGACGAGAGAAAACUCUUUGUUGGUGGCAUAAGCUGGGACACCGAUAACAAGGACCUUCGGGAAUACUUCUCGAAGUUCGGCGUUGUCGUUGAUGUCAACAUCAAGACAGAUCCCACGACAGGAAAAUCCAGAGGCUUCGGUUUUGUCACAUUCAAUGCAAAAGACGCGAUCGAGGCUGUGCUCAAGGCGACCCCACACACUGUCAAGGGCAAACAAAUUGACCCUAAGCCUGCGAAGGCGCGCCCCGGGAUCAAAAAGAUUUUUGUUGGCGGAUUGGAGUCCGACAUGCCAGAGGCUGACAUCAAGGCCUACUUCGAGAAGUUCGGACCCGUGGAAAAUGUGGAGCUUCCGUUUGACAAGGCAAAGAACCAGAGGCGCCAGUUUGCUUUUGUGACCUUUGAGCGAGAAGACUCCGUGGAGCUGGUCUGCCGGGAGCCAAAGCAGAAGAUUGGCAACAAAGAGUGCGACAUCAAGAAAGCGACACCCAAGCCUGAUGCCAGAGGCAUGCGUGGUGGAUGGGGUGGUGGCGGCGGCUUCGGUGCCGGCGCUGGUGGACGUGGUGGACGCGGAGGCAGAGGCGGCCGUGGACGGGGUGGAGGCUACCAGAACCAGGGCUGGGGCAACCAGGGAGGCUAUGGAGGUGGCGGCUAUGGCGGCGGCGGCUAUGGCCAGGGUUAUGGUGGCGGCUAUGGCCAAGGAUACGGUGGUGGCUAUGGUAACUACGACUAUGGCAGUGGCUAUGGCGGAGGCUACGACUACUCCGGGUGGAACUAUGGCGGCGGCCAGGGGGGUUACGGAAGCGGAUACGGCCAACAACAGAGUAACUACAACAAGACGCGCCGCGGUGGGGGAGGUGGUGCCGGUGGUGGAGGCUACCACCCCUACAGUCGUUAAUGGGGAACGUGUAAAACGUGAUGACUGGACUUCCCAUUGUGCUGCCUCCUCAUAUACCCCCCCUCACAUCUCCAUGCAAGAAGCAAACAUGGACAGAUUUUGUUUUUAAGAGCGGUACUGCUAGCAUCAUUUCCCUCCUGUCAUGUUCAGUGUCUGCCUCCCCCUUCAUCAAGGAAAACAAC